UAAAAAUAAAUAAAUAAAUGAUGUUUUAUUCUUCCCCGCAAGGGCCCGUGCCGGCUACCCCCGUACAUGGCGUGAACGGUACUGCCUCGGCUUUCAGAAAGCCUCAAGGGCAAACGGGCGCACGUCCUGCCGGGGUCGGGCAGGCAGCAUUUCUGGCCAAAGCAGCGCCUCAGCUCUGAAAGUUCCGGCGCCAUUUCUCCACAGAACUGGGCGAGAGACACGAGACGCAGAGCUCGGCUUUAUGAAGGAUCUAUGUGAGAAUAUGAGGGGGAAGGGAGCCUAUGGGCGCAGGCGGAGGAGGCGGCGGCUACAGGCUUGAGCGAAGGGGCUGCCGGCGCCUCGGCCUCACUGCCUAACUUAGGAGCUCAACCUCCCUCCUUCUCCUCCUCCUCCUCCUCCCCUCAGGGCGCCCAUAGCUCGCCGGCUUCUCCCGCUCCCAUGGCAACCGCGCCCGGCUUGUGUUGUCGUCGGCUCUGGUACCGUCUCGGUGGAAGCUGCGCCCGGCACCUGCCCCUGAGGCUUGAGCUCCGCAGAGCCCGGAGGGGCGUCGUGAGGCGCCAUGUCGUCCACAGCCAGGCCCGAGGCUUCUCCGAGCCUCCAAGUCCCUUCCUUCGCCGAGAUGGGGAGGUCGCCUUCCUCGUCCUCCAGGCAACUGCGCCCUUCGGAAAGCCAGUUCAGCGGCAGCCUCGGGCAGCAGGUGAGUGAAGGGAGAGCAACCGGGAGGCCGAAGCCCAGCAGCCGGCGCCGUCUUCCCCGCGAAAGUCCCUCACGGAAGCCGGGGGCUCCGCCGGUGAGCUCGGCCUCCUCCUGCCUCGGAGAGUCAUGGAUGGAGGGGAUUCCGAGGCUCCUCCCCUCUCAGAACCCAGGACAUUUUUUUAUUAUUAUUUUUUAAUGGCUACACCCUCGACGUUCAUGCGCUUUAAAAUCUAAAAGGGCGGGCUUACAGGCUGAAGGGACGACGUCAAGGGCUCUGCCCCUAGGGGCUUGCAAUCUAGAAUGCGACAUCCCAGGGUGUAGGCGGGGCGGAAUCGAAGCCGGGGAAGAUUACUGUAUGCAUAUAUUUUUAUUUACUUGCUCAGUGAAGAAGGGCAUCUCCUCCAAGCAGCCAGUUAGCUUCAAGCCACGGAUGGUAAAAAACGGCACUUUCAAUUUGGGUUUGGAAGUUGGAACAGAUCAGGAACCAAUGCAAUUGAUGGAACACUUAUUUAUUUUAGGAAUUUCCUCCCUCCCCACACCCACUGGCUUUAACUUGUUCUCCUGUUCAGCCUUGUUUGCUCCACCCUCCACUGUCUCUUCUGUAUCACCCUUUAGUGCUGUUUCCUUCCCGGUACAUGUAGCUUCCCUUGCUCCUGCCAAGAGUGUCAUAGAAUUGUACACUUGGAAGGAACCCCAAGGGCCAUCUAGUCCAACCCCCUCAUGCCUGAAACCGGGCUCUUGAUUUAUUUGGGAGAGGAAUGAGGCCAGUGUGAACUGUGAAGCAUUUGGAAAUUUGCACUAUUAAUAUUUUGAGCAACCAGGCUUUUAUGAAUAUCUAUUAAAUUGUCAUUCAUAUGCCUGUUUGGAUUAGUAUGACCUUCAUCAGCAGGAACAUGCUUCAGAUUGAUGCAAAUGACAAAGAGUGUUCAUAAAUAGUGAUGUACCAGAAAGACAUUAAAAUGUUCCCCCUCCCCCCAUUAUUAGGCUAUGAAUCACCUUCAGGGAUAGGAAUUCAGUGUUCCUAAGGCAAAGGGGCUGACUAACCAAGGCCUCACUGCCAUAUAUCCUAGCACCAGGGUAAGGCGCUAGUAAGAAUGGCAUUAAAUAAGAUACGUGACUGAGAUGUAUUUGCUGCACUUGUUUGUUGAAAUAUGUUAAAAUCGAAAUUCUUCAUUGAAAAAUUCUGGGUGUCUGCUUAAUUGUAUAUAUGACUUUUCAACCUAUUAAAAUUUGGCUCAGCUGCUAUAAGCAUUUUUCAUAAGUAGGAAGGAUUUAACUGAUGUUUGUACUCCAAAGCAUUAGAGACUUGGAUCGCUCAGUUAGUAGAGCAUGGGACUCUUAAUCUCAGGGUUGUGGGUUCGAGCCCCACAUUGGACAAAAUAUUCCUGCCCCACCCACCUACCAUUGCAAAUCCUAUUUAGUCCCCAUACUUCUGACAUUUUCACCAACACAUUUAUUGUAAUGUUCUUUGUUUAACGAUGAGCAGGUCAAAGAAUUUGAACAAUAAUUAGAACUAUGUACCCCUGGAGGUUUCGUCUCCUUUAGAUACUUUCUAGCCCUGCCUCCUGCUUGGGCCUCACCUCCUAAACUAGAUAUUGGAAGGACCCUUAAAGGUAUUUAUCCAUACAUUUACAUUAGAAAGCCAGAGAUGCUGCCUAAGGAUGCUGAAUUUUGCACCCAGGGCUAAUUCAUUGAUUACAUUGUACAGGGUGAUUCAUAAUGAAGUAUACAGUUUCAACGCACUAUAAAAAAGAAGAAUGUAAUAUAUCUUAUGUUACCUGUAACAGAAUUGUAGGGGAAUGUUUAAAGCUUUUUUAGAAACAGUCACAGGUGUUCUAUGUGUGCACCCUUUGUCACACGACACAUUAAAUUAAAUACACAUCAAACCGGUAAUCCAUUUCUGCCCAAAUGUGAUUCACCCUACAGGUUGAUUUUCCCGGGCUUCGUUGAAUGGCGGUGCAAACACUAUCAAUGACUUCUUCCAAUACACACAGUUGUCCAGGACUUCUGAGUUUGCACAAGCAGCCUGUAAUUUCAAUUUUUUAAUGCAAAUCGUAGAUACAUUUUCUGCUUGGAGGCUUUUUUCCGAAUCAUGAUUGAAAAUGCCGUCGCACAACAGUUACAGAUUCCAUUUUGCUCAAUUCAAGAACACAAAAUGCCUUCUCCACUGCAGAUGCAGCCAUUUCGCAUGACUAGUCAUGUGACAUGCACACUAUCGCCUACACCACUUCCCUCAGCAGCGGAACACAAACUUUAUGAGUACUUCUACCUCAUGGUUCACAGUUGUGGACCUGUUACUCUCUUACAGCAUCUGGAAACUGUAUAUUUCAUUAUGAAUCACCCUGUAUUUGUACAGAAUUGUGAAAUAUAUAAAACCAUAGCGGGAAGUGAAAGAACAACUAGGAGGUGAGAAGAUUGAAAAUGGAAUGAGACAUGUGCCAUAUGCUUAGCAAUUAUUAAUCAUUUAAAUAUUGAUUAAAUGAAUCUUUUUAGGAUAACAACUUGAAAUCCAUGGAUCUUAAUCAUGUUGUCAAACUGCUUGAAGAAACAGAAUUAGUAAGUAUGACCAAAGCAUUAAAUAAAUUCUACAUUUGAAAUAAGCUUACUUGGAAUUCCAUUUGUUUCAAAAUAACUUGAAAGUGCUUAACUUUGGCUGGACUAUUCUCUUCCCAUUAAUUGUGCUUAAAAUUGUAUAGACCUUGAUCCAUGCCUUCAUUAUUUAUUUUAGGUUAACUGCAUAGUGUCUAGGUGACAUAUAAUAAGGUUCCUAAAAAAAAGUAAAUAUGAAAUCUAAGUUACUUACUUAAAAUGCCUGCUGGAAUGUAAGUGCUGGAUGUUUAACAGAAUGGGGUCCUGUAUGAUUUCACAGAAUUGGGCCACCAGUACUGAACACAUGACUCCUGGUGGUUCUGUGCUGUGUAGCGUAGAAUGUUUGUGCAAAACACUUUAAGCACUGAUCACACUCAUUUACUGCUCUUUCUCAUCCUGUUUUCUAAGAGUAAUUUGGAAGAUCAGCUUGAAGCACUGAAGAAGGUUGCAAAACGCUAUGAAUAUGGGCUUGUAUCUUUUUUGCUGCUUUGUUGGAAUAAAAAAGGAAGACAAAAGAAUGAAGAAGAAAACACAAAAUAAUUUUUGUUCCGGUUAAGUUAAUUUAUAUAUUUCUUCAUGUCAGAUAGAUGAGCACUUGAUUUUACUGCUCUAAUAGAAGAUUGCAUCUCUGUUGCGUACUUUGUGCAGCAAGUGCAAAUAAGUCAGGAAUAACUGCAGCAGUUUAUUUUUUAAUAUAGUCUAUACAGUGGUACCUCUGGUUACCAACUUAAUUCGUUCUGGAGGUCCAUUCUUAACCUGAAAUCGUUCUUAACCUGAGGUACCACUUUAGCUAAUGGAGCCUCCCACGGCCGCCGCGCAAUUUCUCUUCUCACCUGAGGUAAAGUUCUUAACCCGAGGUACUACUUCCGGGUUAGUGGAGUCUGUAACCCGAAGUGUUUGUAACCCAAGGUGUUUGUAACCCGAGGUACCACUGUAUUCCAUUUGUUUUUUUUUAUAAAAUGUUAUUACGUGCCAUGUAUCUUGGAAGACAGAAUAAGUUAAAAUCUAGAUCAAUAAUUACUUUCUACAAUUUAUGACAAAAUAAUACACAAACAGGCCACUUAUAUUGAUAUCAAGAACGUUGGUAUAAGUAGGCUGCUAUACCUGAAUGUGGGAUAAUAUGAAUUAUGAUGUGGAUGCAAUGGCUUCUGCUGGGCUAGUGCCAAAUAUGCUGGAAUUACUAAACAGGAAAAGAUUGGCAAGCAAUAGGUAAUAAUGAUUUUAUUGCUCUUUCAAGCUAAGCCAUUUUGUCACAUGAUCUGAGAAGGAUACUUUACACAUAAUAUUGGGAAGGAUAUUUUGCAGUGUUGCAAAGAAUGCAACUAUCAGAUCCCACCAUUCUCUGCAAAAGAUCAUACACUUCUUCAUUAAUGCCCCUAAAGUCUUGUUGCUCUAAACCUUUGUUUGGGUCACUUGUACAGCUGACAUAAUGAAUAAUUUACAGAUAGAUCUGUAUAGUCAAUGUUAUAUAGAAGAAGAUAAUCUCAUUUUCAUGCUUCCAUAAUGUACACUAUUCAAAGCAAAUAAAAACGUACUUUUGUUACCUGAAAUAAAUACCUGUCAGAUCAUAAAAGUUAGGUAUCUAACUUUACAUUCCUGUGAUUUCUCUGGGAUUUGUAACCCAGAGCCCCACUUGAGUCUAGUCUCCUCAUAGCAACAGGAAACCCUGUCGCAGACAGAGACCGCACAUGUGUAUAUAGUUUGGGUGUAAAGAAUUUUUUUUUAGGAUGGGGUGCCUCAUCAGUUAAUCUAAUUAAGUUUCUAGAAACAGUUUAUUCAUUUAGAAAGCUGCUCUUAGAACUGUGGAAAAUUUAGCUCUGCAGGACUUAUGUAUCCUCUUCACUGUUAGAAAUCUGGCAUACUACCUCCUUAAACUUGUAUCUAAUUUAACAGCUGACAUUUGAAGACUUACUUAUUCAUUUUAUUAUUUAAAGAGGUUAUUAUACAUAAUUUUCCAAUUUUCCUUGAUUCCUGAUAAUUACAAGAUUCUUAAUGAUUUAACACAAAUAUCUAAAAUUUUAAAUCUAUGUGCUGAAAGAAUUCCACACCACAACGUUUUCCUAGAACCAACAUGUGAAAUUCUUAAAUUAUAUGGGUAUGUAUUUCAUUCUUUAUUUUAAUACAGGUUUUUAUUUACAUGUUUCUACUGGCAUUAACAGGUGUUCUUCUGUUCAUUUGCCAUCUCUGUUCUCUUUUAUGUACCAAUUUUUCCAAGUCUUGUUUCUAUUGUCACACACAUUCUGGGAAAGAAGCUACAAUUGCAGCACUAGGAAUACAUUACAUUUAUACCUUAAAUACAGGGAAACCAGUUUCUGACAGGUCUCCUGUUGCCCACAGGUCAUCCUAUUGUACAGGGAUCAUUAUCACCAAGAGAUGGUACCAUUAAGUGUGUUUUACUGUUGGGAAAUAACCCUUGGUGAUUUUAAUAUAUGUAAGAGAUGUAAACAUGUGUUUUAAGAGCUAUCCUGCACAGAACUAGAAACAAAUUUGAGUCACACUAGCCUCAAGCUUCUAGGAACCUGGUUGGCCAGACAAUUCAGGUUAAGUAACCUUACUUAACACAUUUACAACUGGUUUGCAUAUAAUGUUAAACCAUGGUUUAGCAUUAGCAAGCAGCAUGCUGGGUGUAUGCUACUCAUUAGUACCCAUUUUGCUCCUCUCCAGCUCCUGUCUUUACCCCACCAGGAGGAAACACACCAGAGACUGACUUAGUGUUAUGUGCAAACCAGCACUCAAGAUAGAAAUAUUACAAAGUUGGACCUUGAGGAGAUUCACAAAGCCAGUGGCCUUUUAUGAAGAGCUAUUAUUGAAGUCAAUUACAGUACAACCUUAUGCAUUUUUACUUAGAAGUAGAUUCCAUUAUGUUAAUAGGGCUUUAUUUGCAGCCUAUAUCACUUAUGAACAAUCCAACCACUUUAAACAAUCAGACACAUUGCUUUUUUCAUUAUUGUGAGUAUUCUGGAGCAUGACUGGAUCAUCUUUACAAUAAAGAUUAUUAUUGUGUGAAUAUUCUAGAACGUAAGCAUAAUACUUGGAAUGGAAAUAAGUGUAGCGUCAAGUACGAUUAAAUUCCUCUUUCAUCAUGCCUGAGCAUGUGAUUUGUAUUAUACUAGAUUAUUUACUUAAAUCAUUUUUACCCUGCUCUUUAGCCAGAAAUGCUCACAAAACAGCUGACAUAUAAUCAGUAACAAACAAGACAGUCCCUGCCCACAGUUCUACAAACUGAAAUGCAUAGCAUAAAAGGGGAAAGAUGGGAAUGGGAGAGGAACAAAUAAACUCAGACACCAGUAUUGAAGUUACAAAGUUAUUAUAAUGACCAGCUUAAAUAGAAAAAAUUCAUGAAGAGGAGGAGCCAAAAGGAGCUGGUCUCUCUGAAGAAUGGAAGGCCCUUCUUCAUAUCUGUCCUACUGUUAUAGCCAGUGAGACCAGCUAACGGCUGCGGAGGGGAGGAGACGAAUGCAGCCGGUCUGCUGUGGUGGGCCCUGCUACCUCCUGCUCCAUUUCUGCAGCCAGAUAUUAGUAUAAUGGCUUCCUCUUGCAGUUUAUAGUUUUACUUUUGGAUUUUUGUUUUAUAUCAGCUAGUAACACAAGUAUUUUCCUAUAAUUGCUAUAAAUAUUAAAAUAAGAUCAGAAUAACUAUAAAUGACAAGCUGAUCCUGGGUAAAAACACAUUUUGUUCACUUACUCUUCUUAUGAAAAUUGUUGGUGUACAGAACACAUAUCAAUAUCAUGAAGAGGAAUCACCUUUAGUUUUCCAUGGUAAUUCAAUACUAUUGUAAUAACUGUCUUUGCAGGUUACCAUUUUACAAAAAGAAGUUAUCUGAUGAAGUAAACUACACCAAAGAAGUUCAAGAAUCAAUUGCAAAUUUGGGUAAUUUUAGAUUGUACACACACAGACACACCUUUUUAGACAUGUCUAUGUGGGCCAGAAGUUACCUGAUACUCUGUAAGAAUGCUUGUGCUAUAUAGGUUAUUCCAAACCUAAGAACCAUGAAGAAUUUAAACAGCAUAAGUUUUAUCAGUUACAUAUUUCCACCAUCCUGUAGUUGUAAUCUUAAAUUUACUUGGUAGUGGAAUUUGCAUCUGUUUAGGGUUGUUACCUAUGUGUUUCCAUCAAAUUAUGUUUGUUUAUCUCUUCCAAUACAGUCUGCUUAAGCACAUAAAGCAUUGCCUUGGCUUGUAGGUCAAACUUCAAUACAUAUCUUUUGUAUAAUAUGAAAGAUAUUUUAUCUGGUUUUCUUAUAUUAUUCUCAUGUAUUUCACACAAAUUUAUCUCUCUCUCUUUACUGCAGUGUGGGGUGCUGAUUUUUGGUACAUGAAUUACUUAAUGUAGACUUUGGUGUAGGAGGGCUAGGAAAGUAGAGAAACAAAAUUUAAAAAAAACACGUUUUGAGCAAACCAGAUAAACAAAACUAUAAACAUAUACAUAUAUUUUAAAGCCAUUAUUAAAUAUUAUUAGUAACCAGUUUUUCUUGCUAGAUUAUAUAAAAGGGAUCCUGUUUACCUCAAAAUUGGCUUCCUUAGUUUUUUUAAUAUAAUUUAGCCAUGAGGCAAAAUCCCAUGUUUUAUCUAUCUAUUCUUUAAUAGACUUUGUCAUAAAUAAUUUCAGUUUUCCUGCAUAUAACAUUUUAGAGGUUGUUACUAUUAAUGAGACUAGUUCUUUGUGCUCCUGUCUCACUGAAUCAUUCAUGUAUUUCACUAAAAGCUGGGUCUAAUGGGUUCUCAUAUCCUAAGACUCUUAUUAAUUGACUGUUGGUUGUUUUCCAGAACCUUGCAUUCCCACUACACAAUUAUCACAUUCUCUCCAUUUCCCCAGGUUACUUAAUGAGAGUGCCAUGUUCUCAAGUAAGGAUACAGAUAUGUAAGUGUGUAAUUAGCUUUUACCACACUGAACCACCAAAGAAAGAGUAUGAAGGUAUUCUUUUUAUUUUUAUAUAUUUGUAUUAACUGCUUAAUGAUAUGUACAGUGCAAUCAUAUGAGUGCUUAAUUAUAAGUAAGUUCUAUUCUAUUGAAUAGGGCUUCUACGUAAGGGUGCACAGAAUUACAGCUUAACAGUGCUAUCCUAAGUAUAGGAAGCCAGCAAGCCUACACUGGCUUAAACUAGCAUAAGUUACUUCUAUUCCAAACUGUCUUCAGGAGUGGGACUACUGUCUGUUGAGCCUGGGAGGAGAAAAACAAGCCUUGAUAAAGAGUUUGACUUAACAUCACCCUUUUUGCCAGUGUAAGUUCUUCUGAGUUGCGUGGUCACAUGACUAAGUUGAAGGAGGUUUGGAAUAGGUAUAAGUCUGUGCUUGCCCUGUCAGAACCCCAGACCGUCCGUGGAACCUCUGCCAACUUAAGUUUCAGCAGUUGAGCCAGCAGAGCCUUGGUUGAUCCAAGAUGAUGGCAUUAUAGUGGCUGAGCCCAAAAAGCCUGAAAAACUCACUCAUCACGGCAGAUCUUGGGUUUGGAUUGGUAUGAUAGUCAUUUAAUUUAUCAUAGGCCUAGAUCAGACAGACAAAAGCAAAAGCAUGGUGGAAGAGUUGCACCUAACUUGUUUUAAGGCACACAGGUUCUCCACUAUGAUAUCUAUACAUACAUAGUGCUGAAUCAUAUCAUUCCUCUCCCCCCUUUUAAGGGAGCCACUAUUCCUUCAGUAGCUUAUGUGGAAUACCCUUGCACACAUUAUGAGUGUGAUAAAGGGAGAUGCAUGUGAAAACAUGAUCGUCCUGGGCAAAGGUCUAAAUUGGCCAUAUAUGCUCUUAGCAUAUAGCAUUAUUGCAUAUAGUAAACGUAAAAUGUUUCCAGUAUUAGGAUUAAGUUUGUUACACCUCUAUUCCAUUGGCUAAUUAAAUGCAGCUCCUCUCUAAACUGAUGUGUCUUUUCAAGGGUGGAUAGAUUCACAUUGUUUCAUUUUAAAUGUAUCUAUUUCCUGAUCAAGCAUGCAUUCCAGCUGGAUGCUGUGUUUGGUUGGUAGAUUCAUAAUAUUUUCAAGCUUAUUCAUAUGGUCUCAGUGGGGGAUACAGCUGAGAUACAGGAUUGCAUCUCCUGAUUCUAGCACCUGCUUAGACUGGAAGCAACUUCAGCAGUUAGAUACCCCCCACCCCAGGUUUGCUCUUAUUCAUUAUGAGAUUAGUGUACAGUAUAGGCUUUAUUAGGGACACGGGUGGCGCUGUGGGUUAAACCACAGAGCCUAGGACUUGCCGAUCAGAACGUCAGCGGUUUGAAUCCCCACGACGGGGUGAGCUCCUGUUGCUCGGUCCCUGCUCCUGCUCCUCCUUACCUCCUGCGGGAAGGUAAACGGCGUUUCUGUGCGCUGCUCUGGUUCACCAGAAGCGGCUUAGUCAUACUGGCCACAUGACCCAGAAGCUGUACACCGGCUCCCUCGGCCAAUAAAGCGAGAUGAGCGCCGCAACCCCAGAGUCAGCCACGACUGGACCUAAUGGUCAGGGGUCCCUUUACCUUUACCUAUAGGCUUUGUAUUAAUUUGUAUUAAUUUUAGGUUUUACUUAUGCAGAGACACUUCUUCAUUUUGACAACUUCCCAACCAUGGUCAAGAUAGUUGUAAAUUACUGUUGUGUUUCCAUGUUCCCUCCUAUUCCAAUAGCAUUUAAUUAAGUGAGGCAUCAGUCACAGGAUUCUGGCCAGAUUUAGCAUAAUAAUAUGUUUGGAAAAUUAUUUAGUUAUUAGGAGUAGGGCAUUUCUGAAUCUUUCCAUAACAAAAUAUUACAUGUCCGCAUUGUCCUUUGCUUUACAUCAAUAAGAUUUGCAUCUUUAAACUAUUGUUUCUCCAGCUUACCAACCUGUAAGUGCAAACUAUAAAAGGCAGAUGGUGGAAGCAGGAGGUUUAGCAGAAACUUUAGUCCUGGCGCUGACAUUAGUUGCAAAUCAACUUCAAGAGAAAUUAUGGAUAAUUAAAACACUGCAACAUCUUUCUAUUUCUGGUUAGUGUAAUUUAUCUAUUUAAAAUAUAAUCUUUUCUUAUUUUGCUUUUCUAUUUCAUAAAACAUUAGCAAUAUGACGAACCUAAGUAUUGAUCCUUUUCCAUUUCAGAGACAAAUUGUAAACUUAUGAUGAAAGCUGAAGCCCCAAGAAGAUUAUGUUCUCAUCUUAAUGAUGCUGACCCUUCUGGACAGCUGCUAUUCCGUUCCUCAGAAAUCCUCUGGAAUUUAUUAGAAAAAACCUCUAAGGAAGAAAUUAUUGAGCAGCUCAGUAAUUUGGAAUGUGUAAAGUUAAGUGCACUCACAUAGCAUAUAUCAUCUCAGCUACUAUUCUAAUAAUUAGUUCAUAAAUUGUAAAGUAUGUAUGAUUUUUAGCUUGUAUUUCACAUAUGCUUUAAAAAGAAAGAAGGAACAUAUUUUCACUAAUACCUAGUAUGGAUAAUCUUCCAAAGUGAUAAUAAAUAGGUGAGUGUUGUCGUCCCCAUCAUCAUAAUAAAACACCAUGUGUAUUGUAGACUUGUAUGUGACUAUGUUGCAAUUCAUAGUCAACGUAGGGAAUUUGCUGCUACAAAAUAUGAUGAUGGCCAGUGAAUUUAGUGGCUGUAAGAAUGGAUUGGUUGAAUUCAUGUGUCUGUUAGUGCUUAAUUGCAAAAUGGGAGCUAGUAUGUCUUUGAAUAUCAGCUGCUGGGCCUCAGUGCCUGAAUAGAACUGUUCUUCCACAUGCUCUUUCACUAGGCUUCCUAGAAACAUCUAGCUGACCAUUGUGAAACAGGUUGUUGGACUAGACUAGAUAAUUCUUCAGUAUUAUCUAGCAGGGUUUUUCUUUUCAUAGAAUUGUCGAGUUGGAAGGGACCCUGAGAGUCAUCUAGUCCAACCUCCUGCAAUGCAGGAAUCUCAACUAAAGCAUCCAUGACAGAUGGCUAUCCAAUCUCUGCUUAAAAACCUGCAAUGAGCAUCUUUUGUACACUUAAUUUUUAUCAACAGUCCCAUCUUACUGCACACUGAGCAAAAAUCUGAUCCUCUAUUUUGCAGUUAAUUUAAGAGUUUGGUAAUGUAAUACGUACUUCAAAAUAAUUUAAAUAUUAAGUGUAAAUUAAAAGUGAAGGAAAAGCGUGUUUGGAAUUUCAGAUUUUGAUGAGAAGUAUAUAUUUGAUUAUAUAUAUAUAUAUAUUAUUAGAGAUAGAGUGCCUAAAUUAAAAUACAGAAUAUCAUCUUUUUAUCAGUGCUCUGAAGGAAGCAUUUACAAACUUGCUUAUACAUGGUUCCCGCCAUUAUGAUCGUCAGCUAAGAAAUGACAUUUUGGUGAUCGCCACCCUUGUGGCUCAGAACCCAGGAGCACCAAUGAUUGUAUGUAUCCUUUACACAAUUUUGAGUUUUAUAGGCCCAUUUUUUGCUGGUAUUUUGAAAACACUUUUAAAGGAAAUGAUUGUAUUAUUGUGGUCUGCUAGUGCGUUGGUGUCAGCAUGUCAAAUAUAGAAACAAAUCCCCUUCCUUGAAAUGUACUGCAUUACUCGGUUGUCUUGCAAAAAGAUGUUUCUUAGGAUUUUGUCGUUGCCAAUGUUCUCUGGGGUGUUUCUUAACAUGCCUUGUGGGUUGCUUAGUUAUUUCAGGGCUCCUGGGGAUAUGUCUUUCUCUUCUUCAGUCUUCUGCUUUCUUUGUUAAUUGGUCUCUGUCCAUAAGGUUGUCUGUAGGAACAUAGUCUCUGUUUCUUAAGCGUUCCACAGGUUCCAGGAAAUGUAAGAUAUGUCUUGGGAGUGGAGCCAUUUCUCAUCUCCUAAUCUCAUAAGAUUUUAAGUCCUAUCUUCUGACAUAGGAUCUUGGUACUUAACCAUUUUCAACUGCCUUUCUAUUACUUGGGCAGUUCAUAACAAGUCUAGUUAUUUGUGAAAAGCUAUGCUAAAGCCCCUACCCCAUUUAGUAUUUUCUAGUAAAGCUAAAAGUAGUCUACCAUUUGUUAUUUUUAUUAUUUGUGUGCCCUACUUACAUGAAUGUAGUAACACUUACACUGUUCUCCCCCCCCCCCCCCCUGUAACUUGUGUGUAUUUUUUAGGAAACAGGGUUUGCCAAGCUGUUAAUAUUAUUUGCCACUUUUGUUGAAGGUAAGCAGUAUAACUUUUUAGUAACUGAUACUUCAGUUUAUCAGUAAACAGUUAAUUAUUUUACCAAGAAUAUUUUUGUUUAAUUCACAGUAAAAAGUCACAAUCCUUUGGUAAAGAACCUCAGGCUGACUUACUGUUAUGAAGAUUUUGAGUUGAAAAAGUUACUGCUUAACAUGCUUACUGUACUAGCAAAAGAUUUAUGUAUUGUACAGGUAAGAUAUAUGUGAUUAUUUAGUCAUUAAUAAUUUUAAUUAUCUGUGCUUACACAGGUUUUUUUUUUACAAUCCAGUGGUAUAUACAUUUUAUGAAAUACAUAAAUAUCAUACACCAGCUUGUAGCUUGAAGCUUACUACUGUUUUCUCACUACAAUAGAAUUUUUAUUUGAAAUAUGCUGUGAGUCUAGCCUAUACUAAGAAGAAUGUGCACAAGCAAUUCUGAAAGUACUGUGGCAAUAUAUGAAUCAGACUUAUUUCAGAAACCGAGUGGAGGGUUUUCUGACUUAAUUUUUAGAUUGCUUUUUAAAUGGAACACAUUCUUGCCAGGCACUUGCUAUGACAUAACAAUAGGAUGACCAUUGGUCUUACCAGUGGCACCUCAGAACAGAAACAUUAAAUACAAGUUCUAUAAAAAGUGGAACAUUUUGCUUCACUUCUAUAGAUUUAUUUUUUACUUUUUCAGUGACAUUUUAUAUUAUAUCUCCUUCCUUUGUUUAGCUGCUACAAGAGGGUAAAGUUAUAUUGGCCUUGUUUCAUUAUUUAAAACCAAAUGAAAAGCCAGGAAUGGUUGACAUGUCUGCUGCCCAGUAUGAAGAGUUACAGCUUCUUGCAAUUGCAACCUUAGCUACAAUGGCUCCCUUGUUGGUAGAUGACUACAUGAUGUGCCAAGGAAACACUCGCCUUCUCAUGUUUCUCGAAUGGUGCAUGGGCAACGGUGAGUAGGUGGGAUAGAACUACUGUACUUAAAUCAUAUCACUGAUUAUGCUUAAUGCCUAUACUUAGAGGAGCAAGAAGUUUAGAGAAUCCAUUUCUUAAUUUCACAUCUGAAAGCAUUGUAAAUCCUCACUAUUCUAUAGGUGAGGAAUUGUUUUCAGGAUUGCCAAGGACAUGGUGACCAUGAAGCUCAGUACCAAUUAGAUGAGGAGUGGGGAAGCUUUUUGAUUCCAUGAGUCAGAUCCAUAUUGGAAUCAGCCUCAUGGAACAAAUUUGACAGGUGGGCACAGCUGCCCACCUGCAAAUCAUCUGAUGUCACAAUGCCAUCAGGUGCAAGGUGCUCUGAGGUCUCAGAUUUGUAACAUCAAGGCAUCUUGCAAAGUGUAGCUUUCUCAGUUAUUACAUAAUGCUGGCCUUGUACAUGGCAUGAUGCUUUAUAGUCUGUGCAAGAUAUAUUCAGGAGUCAUGCUUGUGUCUUUUGGAAACAGUGCAAGAUGUAUUUGUUCAAGCUAGAAUCUUAUUAUUAUACUUAAGCAAAGCCUUUAAACAUAUUUUUAUCUUAUAUUUUAAUUUAUUUUCAGUGUUGUGUCUACCACUGGUGCUGAAUUACAGUCAACGACCAUUUCAUGCAGGGUUCCAUUCCCAGCCUCCGCUCCACCCUCAUGCUGCCUUUUUUGGGACUUUUUUGUCAUUUCCAGGUUUGGCACUGUGUGCACAUGCGAAAUCAUACAUCUUUCAGAUGCAUGUUAAUCGGUCGUUGCCUGUAUUCAGUCACAGAAAACUGAAAAUCAAUAGCCUUGAACAAAUAAAUUACAGAUUUGACUGUUGCAUUGAACCUCAGUUGCAUGAACACUGCAGCACUGGGCAGGCUUUAAAACAAGCACAGCUUUUAAAAAUGUAAUUUUAUUUGAAUAUUUCUCACUCUAUUAUCAAACACCAGAGGGAGACUUGACACGCCAGGGAUCAAGAUUAAACCUUAUCACAGUUGUAGGAACUGUAGCAAAUCAGCUUACAAGUAUAUACUCAACAUGGGUAUGAAAGAAACAGGAAACAGUUUGGACUAGUAUACUUAGAUUCUUUAUUAUGUGAGGGAAAGUGCAGGCAUUGCCUUAUGCCCUCUGUCACUAUGCAGUUGAAUUGGGACUCAUGUGUAGUACAUUCCUUUCUCUCAGUACUGUAUUUCUUUUCCCCGCACAAUUAACACCAGGGAGCCAUGAUAAUGCCUUUCAGUAAAUCUAUGAUGAUCAACCAUGAAAUGUCUUAUGUUGCAGCCACUGGUUGGUUAUGUAUGUUAUGAUAACAAAGUACCAUGUUAAAGUCUGCAAUAUUCUUCAAAUCAUAUUUACAAGACCUUGCCAUAGCCUAAACACACUGUAUUGCAAAAGAAGAUGUUUUGUUUUCGUUUGUUUGCAGAUCCUUUCUUUGCUCAAGGUAACAGCUUCCAUGGUACUGGCGGUCGUGGCACCAAGCUUGCACAGAUGCGCUACACCUUGAAAGUACUGAAUCCUGUUGUGUCCCUUUGUGAUGAUGCUGUGAAUGUUGAUCUUUGUGAUCAGGGAGCAAUUAAUCAACUGUUAGGUGAGGUAUAUAUUAAAUAGUCUUGGCUACCGUUGCCUGAAUUGAUGAACUUCUCCAGCUUUCAUUUCUACUCUCUUUUGAAACUUUACUUUUUAAUCUCUAAUAACCAAUCUUCCUUACCCCCACCCUUUCUAUACAUUAUGCUGAAUUGCACUGCCCAUAGGAUUCACAUAUUGGCUCCAUGUCCUGAAUAGCAAUGCAGAUUCAUAGCAUGAAAAUCCGAGCAUGUUUUCUUGAGCAGACAUUUCAUCUGUGUUCUUUCUGUUUUCACUUUAAGAGCACAACCCUGCUGAUUGAAUUUACAUGAAAGGAAAGAUCAAAUCAAUAUAUUGGAUUCAGUACACAGUAAUACACUGGGAUGCCAAUUUAAAAUAUAUAUCAAGAACUAUAGCUAUCCAAAUAAUUUGUGUGUGUAACAGGGCUUUUAACCUUUCCUUUCUAAAUUAUUUCCCUCAUACACAUUGUGGCAAAUAAUUUUUGAAAUUCAUGAAAAAGUCAAAAGCAGUUUGUAAUUCAUUUUAGUAGUAGUGGGCUACUGUUUAAAAAACAACAACACACGAACAAUACCAUUACACACAAGCCCCUAACGGUACCUAAAGUAACUCUGCGUAUUUUGGCCAAACUAUGUGAAACAUUUUUUCUGGAGGAGUAAAUUUGAUAUUAUACAUUUAUUUAUUCUGCUAGGUAUCUUAAAGAAUACCACAAAGAAUUAUCCAGAAAGUGCCAUUGUGGUAGAAAUUCAGACUGAUAUUUUACUUCUCUUGUCAACUCUUUGUGAAAAUAACCUUCAUAGAAAGGUUAGUAUUUUCUCAUUGUUUUUAAAAUCUUGGAAUCUAAUAUCGGAAUCUAAUAUUAUCAUGUAUAAGCAAAAGAAGUUAAGUAUUUAUGGUUUCUGUCUAUAGGUCAUGUGCUCUUAGCUCCUACUUGUUUAAAUCUUAAAAUGUUAAUUCUCACAAGUAGUUAACCUUCCCUAGCAGUUUGGCGUGGAAGGGACUUUGAAAACCAGUUGCUUGUAUGAUAACACUGGAAGACCCAAAGGCUUAGCCAACAGCAUGGAUACAUCUUAUUCCAUUUGGCAAUAAUUAAUCUUGCUGGAACCCUCUGUUCCCUAAGAGGGUAAAAAAAGUGAUAAGCCUCUUCAGUCUUCCAUUCCUCUGUAGUGUCAGGAUGCUUGAGUGAGGAUUCUAAACUGGUGGAAGUAGGCUGCUUUUCAUAUGAUAACAGAUGGCUUGCCUCUGGGUCUCUCCAUCACAGAAAACUACAGAGAAUGAAUGUAAUGGUUAUAAUAAUUAUUAAGUGUAGUGUAAAUUAUUAUGAAUGUGUACAGUUUUUCUAGAUUAAAAUGGCUUUGAUAUAUAUCAAACAGGAACUCUUUGGAUGGGAAGGAGUUGAUACACUUAUUCCUUUUAUGAAGAUGGAUUCAAAGAAAUUCUAUAGUGGAUUGGGUCAUAAUCGUCUGCUUUUUACUGCUCUGGACUGCUUAUGGUAUGUUCAGCUAUUUUUACUGUGACCUUCUGUAAAGAGGAUUUUCAGCAUCACAAAUAAAUGCACAGUGCCACAAGAUUAUGUCUCCUUUCUAACUGCACACUUUACAUUCUCUGAAUAUCUUUGGUUUCUAUGAGUUGAAGUGCUAAUGAAUUGGCAAUGACUACUACAUUUAUAUGCAUUUUGUUAAUUUAUUGGAUUAUUUUUGAUUAUCAGUCAAGAGUAUACUGAAAAUGUAAAAAAUAUAUAUUCAAGUAAGUUGUAUAUAAAGGAAGAAAUAUACUUGAAAAUAAAACCGCAUAGUACCCCAUUGAGGCUGCCUUCAAAAUGUAGCAGUAAAUUUCUGUGUACUUUUUCAUCCAUUACAUUUGGGGUUGAGGCCCAGUAUUUGUACAGUGUGGCAACUGCUUUGGUCACCCUAUAUGAUGACCUCUGUUGGGAGAGAGAUGCAUGAGUGUGACCCUGUUAAUUCUGCCUAAGCUUUCAGCAGCUUUCGGUACCAUCAACCAUGGGACCACCUUUCCCAUAUGAACUUAUAUGGACGCUGCAUUCAUCAACUGAGUCUUUCUGAGGGAGGUGUGGAAGGUGGCAACAUGAGAAUGGAUCUUUUCAGUGGUGGCUGGAUGCUCUGGAUGCUCCAGAGAGAUACACAUGGCACCAUCAUUACCCAUUUUUAAGUGCCAGACAAAGAUGUUUCUGUUUGCCCUAACAUUUGGGUCUUAAAUGGGGUUAUAGGGUAUGAUUAAACUAUGCCCAAGCCUGCAUUUGGUGUUGAUCUUUAAUAAGGUGGGGUAGGAGUUGUCCUUUUUAUAUUACCACAAUAUGAACAAUUUUGAUCAAAGUUUUUUCAUCUGUUUUGAAAUUUGUAUCAUAUAUCCUUUUAUAAAUGAAAAUCAUUUGAGACAUUCAUUACAUUCAAAUUAAUAUAAUAAAAUAGAAGCAUCCAAAUUUGAUAUUUUCUCAUUUUCAAUGUGUUAGUGUAAAUCCCAUGUGUGUUCUGAGAGUAAGCAAAAGAGAUUAAAUGAACUGAAAUUAUUUUCAUUUCAGGUGCUGUGUCAUGGGCUGUACUAUUUUAGAGGAUUAUUUUAUUGAAAGAGAAGGCCUCUUCACUCUCCUGGAUUUGCUUGUUGUGAGUACUAUUUAUUGGAAAACCACCUGUAGUAAAAUAUUAAAUACACAUUGUGUAAUUGACUCUUGCUGAGGUGUCAGGUUUCAGCUAUAUGUCCAUUGUUGUGCUCCCUCUCAGACUAUACUUGAUGUGCGUCUGUGAUGCUCAAGCAACCACAAUCUACACUGCUUUACUAAAGACUCGAAACACACAGACAAUUUUUCCAUGUGCCAAGUAUGACUCUUUGCUCUGAAAAUGUGUUAUUCCCACAACAGAGGUGGUGCCUUGCAGUCAGUAGUUACAGAUGGAAAAUGGGUGCAGUUUUAUUUACAAAGAAGCAAAGCGUGAAGAAAGUCUUCACUGUACAUGCACAGCAACUAGGAGGUACUGCCUCAGGAAACAGACCUUCUUAGGGAAUUGUUGGCAUCCAUCUGUCUUGGAAAUGACGAAUUGCACAACAUUAGGGUCUGUUCAUACUCUGCACCAAAAUAAUGCAAAUUAUGGAAACAGUAAAUCUGCUCGAAGAAAUACAUGCUCUGAAGUGAAGUAAAUCAGUAGAACUUCAGAUACUCAUAUUUUGCACAAGCGUUUUCAAUUUGCGUACUUUAUUCUGAAACACUUACCGUAUUUUUCGCCCUAUAGGGCGCACCGGCCCAUAGGACGCACCUAGUUUUCAGGCGUGGAAAUCAAGGAAAAAAUAUGACACCCCCCCCCCCCCAGCUCUGGGAGCAGCGGACAGGCUGCACGCAGCCUGUGCGCUACUCCAAGACCUUCUUCCCGCUUUUGCGGGAGGUGGCGGAAUUCCCCCACCUCCCGCAAAAGCCCACAGGAGCCGCGCACGACUCCUGCGGGCUUUUCGACCAGGAGGGAGAAGGGACUGAAACGGCCAGUCAGUCCCUUCUCCCUCCUCGGGGAAAAGCCCCCAAGAGCGGCACGCUCUUUAAAGGGUGCGCGGCUCCUGCGGGCUUUUCUACAAGGUGGGGGAAUUCCCCCACCUCGUAGAAAAGCCAGCAGAAGCCGCGCAGCCCCUUUAAAGAGCACGCGGCUUUUGCCUGCUUUUGCGGGAGGUGGGGGAAUUCCCCCAUCUCCCGCAAAAGCCCACAGGAGGGAGAAGGGAUGGACUCGGCCAGUCAGUCCCUUCUCCCUCCUUGGGGAAAAGCCCCCAAGAGCGUUGCACUCUUUAAAGGCUGUGCGGCUCCUGCGGGCUUUUCUAUGAGGUGGGGGAAUUCCCCCACCGCCAGCCUCAAAGAGCAGACUCUUCUGGCUUCAGUGAAAGCAACGCAAAGCCUCCGGAGCGCAGGCUUCCUAGGCUUCACGUUGCUAUUGCUGAAGCCAAGGAGCCUGCAUUCGCCCCAUAGGAUGCACACACAUUUCCCCUUCAUUUUUGGAGGGCAAAAAAUGUGUCAUAUAGGGCAAAAAAUACAGUACUUAGGUUUGGAAAACAUGGUUUUUCGGGGAAAGGAGUGUGUUGGAAUUAGGUAAAAGAGAUACAAAUCAAGGGUACUGUCAUCUGUAAAGUAUGUACAAUGUAGUAGGCACUGUACUUAGAUAAAAAAGAAGGACCUGCCUACAAGCUCACACUCUAAAAUGCAGGAAUACACAGGUGGAACGUGGAGGCCUUAAAGUAGAACAAGUAUGAACACAAUGUGGAGUACAAAUGCAGAGUGUUUGAACAGACCUUUUGUAGUGAUUGCAUUUUCAAACAUAUUUCUAAAAUGAGAAAAGCAGAAACUUGCAUUUCACUUAUUUAAACUGGGGACAAAAAUUUUCAGGAUUUAAAAUUCUGACCUGAUAAUCAGAUUCCAUUCAAAAUAUCACAUCCCCAGAACUGGAGAAGACAAAGAGCCUAAUAAUUUCAUACAACUUUUAACAAGUAUUCCUCAGACAUUUUUCUGUCCAUCCUAAUACAUUGUACACUUGAGCAAAGUCUGCCCUCUAAAAUAUUUGCUUCAUGCAUCUACAGGUUUUAUAAUGGAAAAAUAGGUAGUUAGUGCUAACAUCUGAGCCCCAGUUCAAAGCUCUGUGGAUCUCCUGUACAUAUGUAACUAAGAGAUGCCUGAUUCCUUUCACAACCCAGCUUUGCAUGAAUUCCUAUUCAUUCAAAGUAUUCACUGACAUUGAGGUGUGUGGGAGAAAUCCAUCUGUACAUUUGAAUGCCUGUGUAUUCAUUGGGCCACUAGAUCAGGGUUUUAAUGCUCAAAGUUUUUUAUAUAUAUAAUAAUUGUGAAGGCAAAUUUUUUAGGGAUUAGAUUUGAAAUUCUGUCCUUGUUUUUCUUCUGCAAAGUUAAAUCAAAAGAAUGUUUGCAAUCUAAUACUUGGGAUAUUAGUUGAAUUUUGUGACAACCCUAAAACUGCUUCUCAUAUCAAUACCUGGCGAGGGAAAAAAGACCAAACAGCAGCCAAUUUAUUAAUAAAGUUAUGGAGAGAAGAAGAGAUUCAGAUGGGAGUGAAACAUGACGAAGUUGGGAGAAUUGUUGGUAAGUAUUAGAUUGCCGAGUAUUUUAUAUCAUAGUAGUUGUAAAUUUAAGAGAAUUACUGAAGUUUUAAGAAGAGCUGAAUUUUUCUAAGCGUGAUUAUAUACAGGAACAUGGAGAGCGGGAUAAGGGGAGUGCAGCUGUGCCAAACUCAGAGCUGGCAGGGUUUCCAGACUCUGAGCUUUCAUUAGAAAAAAUAAAUAAACCUCUAGUCUUUGUGGAACAAAAACUACGAAGCAAAAUGGGCAGGCACUAAUUUCCACAGUUACUUGUGGAAUUAGUGGCCACAGAACACGCCGCCCAGUAGCUGGCAGCCCAGGGGCACCAAGCAGCACCGCAAUUUUUGCGCACACACCCAGCCUGCAUCCCCAGCAGGGGCCAGUUUUGCCAACCCCUAGGUACGUCUCUGUGUUUGAGUCUUUCUUGGUGUAUGUGUCACUCCAUUAGUUUUUCUAGAUUGGGACAAUGAAGAAAGUGUUUUUUUCAUUAUGAUGAAGGGGCUUUCUGGUUCAUUCUGAAGUUGGGCUUCUUUUUGUUUUUACUUUUCCUGGUAGAGAAGGGGGUUGUUGCCCAGAGAAAAUAAUUUUGAAAUUCAGGACUUAGCAUAGCUAUGAUAAGACAGAAGCUUGUUUACUCAGAAGGAAAAAAAGCAGCAAAGAAAUGAGUUAAUUUGUAUCUUAUAUAGAAUUUAAUGCAAAAAACCCCCCACCCAUUGUUUAAAAAAUUUGCAAAUGCAAAUAUAAAUAAAAUUGGUACAUCUGCAUUACAAGGGGAAGGGGUAUUGUUGUUGAGAAAGCAUGGGUAACAUCAGUCCUGCAAAUAUCACUAUGCUAAUACUGCUGAGUGGUGGUGUGAGACACAAUAGUGCAUGGCAACCCUGCAGUGUAGUCCAGUGUUGUUAUCCAGUCAGGAGGGGGGGCAUUACAACAUUGCAGUGUAGCAGCAACAUAGAGGAAUGGGUGAUUAAUUGCUUUCUCCUCCCUUUUGUGGUUGGGUGCCACUUCUAGUAUAAACACUUAAACGGGUAUACUUAUGUCAAGAUGCACAUCCUAUUUUCUCAAAAGGACAGGUGUUUGGCCUGUGCUAAUUGCUGUAGAUAUUAUGAGGUCGAAAUAAAUAAAUACAGUGGUCACACAGUAGGAGAAACAGAGCCCCAGUUCAGUCAUGACUCGAAAUACUUUAUUCUGUUACUAGUUUUACCACUAGAUGGCAUUUGUCCCUUCAGCUGCAAAGUGCAUCUAUUAUUAGUUUGAUUGAUUGAUUGAUUGAUUGAGGUAGCUUUGCUUGGUAAAUCUGUUUCACUCAAUACCACUCUUUAUGCAUCUUAUUUAAAAACUAAAUUCAUUGUCCCUAAACAUAAUCAGUUUCUUAGAAAAUAACAUUUGGUAUAAGUAAAAGUGAAACAAUGUAAUAAAGUCAGUACAGAGUAUAGUAAACAUUGUUUCCUAACCAGUGUUUUGUUCUCAUUCUCCAACCAAAUUAAUGAUGCUAGAUUUGAAGCCCAGUAUUCAUCUCAGAAAGCCCUCAAUAUAAUUCAUAAAUUAAAACAAACACCAUUGCCAAGUUUUGACUCAUAGAAAUAUACAUAAACACCCUCGUCAUAAUAGGGAUGGAGUAGUCUGAAAACCAGUUAUUACAAAGAAUUGUUGCUUUUGGGCUGAUGUGGAGAGUUGUAAGAAUUUCUUCAAUAAAUUUUGUAUUUUUAAAAAUUCUUGGCUCAGUCAAGUCAAGCAGACCAGGAGGUAAUAAUGCUGAGGAAUAGAGGCUCUUAUAUAUGAAAUAUUUUGUUGUUUGUCUGUGGUAUUUAUAUAUCACUUAAGCGUUCACACUUCUAAACAGCAUACAUAAAAAUAAACCAUACAGAGGAUAAAAUAAUAAAAAUUCACCAUAAAACUGAACAUAAACUCAAACAAUAGCCUAAAAUGUAUAUUGGCAUAAGAAAGACAUUGUCAUGCACCUGAAGUUUGAUAUUGUUGUACGCUACCCCUGUAUCUGAGCUGUGAGAGACUCCAGGGGUUUCCAGCACUUACCCAGGGUUUGGUUUCCUUGGAAUGAAGGUCAGUGGAGACUGUUAUAUAUAUACUCAUUAAAAAAAUUGAAUGUCUCUAUACAUUUUAAUAGAUAAUACCUAAAUGACAUAUAACAGAGUACCGUAUUUUUUCAUGUUUAGCAUGCCCCCAUGUAUAAGACUCCCCCUAUUAAGAAUUAAGAAAAUAGGGGGAGAUUGCCAGGAGUUGUUGAGCUUCUUUUGUGGGGGGGAUUGCAAAAAAUCACUCACCUGCCGCACCGACGAUGGCAAUCACGCAUGCCAACAGCAGCUGCCAAUUGGGCAGCAACAGCCAAUCAACAACGGCCCUUGCCAUCAGCCACCAAUCAACAACAGCCCUUGCCACAGCCACCAAUCACCUGCCCAAUUACCACAGAAAAUCUGCUCACGGCAGCAACCAAUCCCCCAUCCCACCUCUGCACUAUCCGUGUAUAAGACGACCCUGUUGGGCAGUCGCCGGGAGGCUGGACAUGCCUCCAGGCAAACAACAUAUACAUGCCAGCCUGUCUCUCCCUUCUGCGUGCCGCUUGGGAGAUCCAUCAAUCUUCUUCCCCUACGUGAUUCAUGUCUUGGGACGUGAGCACACAUUGACUUAGCAGAGUCAACAACAGCAGAGCUAGGCUCGAGGUGUGAGUACUAAGCUACUUUAUUAUAUAAAAAUCAGGACAAAAGAAAAACAUGGCUCCUCUCUCUCUCUUCUUCCUCGGAGAGAAGGGAAAACAAAAAUACAAUGGAACGGAACAGUGUAAAAAUAACUUCUGCUCCCAUGACUUCCAACAGAGUUGGAAUGUAAAUACAGACAUGUGAUGAAGCAAUCCCACAUAUCUGCAGAGCGGGGGAAUGAAAUGUCAACAGGACCCCCCCCCCCAUUUUUCACAUUAUUUCAUAAGAAAAAAUCUCGUCUUAUACAUGGAAAAAUGCGGUACACUCUUUCAGUGAAAGUAUUAUAAUUACUGAAUAUCUGAUGAUGAGUGGAACCUAAAACUGAAAAUUUCCCUCUGCAGAUACAAAGAAGCCAUUGGCUGGCAAGUUCCAAAGAAAGCAAGAAGUUACUCCAAUGCCUGCCAGUUGUCCCACUAUUGCUGUUAUGGAUGUUGCUGAAAACAUGCGAGCAAAGAUUUAUUGUGUAAUAUGUAAAUUAGGUAAAGGCCAUGAACUUAUUUCCUGCAUUUUACAUAUACUUUAAUUUUUAAGAAGGUGGAUAUAAAACAGUAAAAUAAUUUAUGUUAUUUAACCAAAGACAGCGUGCAUAAACAGAAGAAUGAAUAAUCAGAGUUACACACAAGUUUGGCAAGUUCAUCUGCGUCUGCAACUGCAGAACUAGGAAAAGAAAAUCCUGUAUCUCCUUGUCAACCAGCUAUUAUGGCUAUCUAAGCCAGGAGCUUACAAUAUUCUUGGCAGGAUCACAUAGUUUUGCUAAUGUGCCCACUUUGAAAUUGCCUUGUGACAGUGUAAAUCUCAAUACAGAAAUAAGAUUUCUCUAAAAGUAAUUAUUAAUGCUUUACUUUAGGCUUUGAAAAUUUGCCCGGCCUCUCUGCCAAGGAUUUUGUUACACUUGCUAUCAUACGUAGAUAUCUUGACUUCAAGGUAAGCAUUGUUUAAUAUGUGAUUUGUUAUUUAUGGUCUUGUUUGUUAGAGCUAGUAUAAUUAAGAAUCUGAAGCACUACAUAUGUACUCCUUUGCAGCCACAAUGCAAGACACAUUGUUAGAAUUUAAAAUGCCAGACUUUUGCCUGUGAUUACACUUGGCUUCCUCUUUAAACUUAAUGAAUAAAAAUAGAUACUUGAACAGAGAGUCAAAAGUGGCUCUUUCUGGGUCUUUGCCCGAAAAGAGUUAGCUGUCCUUGGUAUUGAUAACUUUCUAAAAGUGCCACUUUUGUUAAUAAAGGUAGGUGAAAUCUGGAGUGAGAUAUAUGCAGAACUUAAAAAAGAAAACAUCAAACCCGUAACUCCUGACCAUGAAGCACUGCAGGUUAUUAUGGAAGCAUUUGAAAACGUUGGAAAGAUGGUUAUCUCUCUCCAGACUGAAAUGCUGGAAAGCCAACAAUACCAGGAACUUCGAGAAGAAGAAAAAAGUUAUGCCAAGGUAAGCAAAGAAGCAGCAUGUGAGAGGGAACCAUUUUUUAAAAGAAAUAAACUCCCUUUCUCAUAACACAUAUUUAUAAGAAGCGCUUUUUCUUUAAAAACUAAGAAGUUAUUGUCUCUCCUACAGAGUCUAUACUCGGAAUACCAUCUCCACUUUGGGGGAGGGGGCUAAUUGCAAACAAACUGUAGGGUGUAGUGAUAUUGGUGCCUACAGUGCAACCAGAGCUCUGCUCUGAACUACUUCCAUAACAGAACUGUGCCACUAAAGACACUUUUGAAGAAUGAGAGGUUUUAAUUUCCUCCUUAAUCUCUUUCAUGCUCUAGAUUCAAUCCCUCCAUAAGCAAAAGGAAAUGGUCAGUAAGUCCUGGGAAAGUUUCCUGGCCCGGACAUCAAAUUAUGAGACUUUAAAGGUAAGGAUAUUGUGAAUACUGCCAUUGGGAUGAUUUUAGCUCCAGUUAAUAUUUAUUUUAAGCUAUUAAAUAGAUAUUUAUUGUGGAUCCUCUUUUCUAUUUUGUAUAAUUUAUAUUUUCAUGAUAAAUAGAUUAAACUUGAAAAUUAAGAAUAGGAAGGCUUGUACAAGCAGGAGAUGUGCCAAACUGAUGUCUUAAAUAUGUUCAAAGUAAUUCCUUCAGUUUCUCUUUGAACAGUGUGAGGUUGUUCAGUCACUUGUAAGGAAGGGGCAUUUAUGUACAAUGUACGGUACUUGUUUGUAUACUUAGUUAAUUGCUAGUUCUUCAUAUUACUUUUACUCAGGGUGGAUUGCAUCACCAUACUUGGAAAGAUACACAGUCUGAAACACCCCUAUUUGUAUAGUAAGCCUAUUAAUGUGUUAAUGCUAAAAAUUCAAAAGACAGUAAAAAGAGAUAUUUGACUUUGCCAUGUCAUUUAUCCCUCACCCCUUUUUGAAUUUUUUAUAGAAAGCGAAAAGGAUUCAGGAAAAAUCCAUAGAAAAUUCUAGAACAAAGGUAAAACCUUACAAUGCAACAUUCCAUCCAACUGACAUUAAAGGCCUAAAUACAACUGUAAGUGGAUCCUUACAAAUCUUAAAUAUGAAUUUCAAAAAAUAUAAAAUGUUACACAAGUAUUAUCUAAGGUUGAAAAUUCUAAGAAUGCAUAAUGUUUGUUUGUUUUCUUUACAGCAGAGCAAGUAUUCCACUAUAUUUGAUAUGAGUCGGGGUGGGGAAGUAGGCUGUAUGCAAGAUCCUUCUAACCCCUGGAUCCAGAAAGUGUUAAAAAUAUAAGCCAGGCUAUCUUCCUGUGUUGAGGUGACAGCCUGAGUGAUGGGCCUUUAAGGAAAACAAAAGAAAGGGGCUCUGUGUGAGACAGCAAAUGGGUGGGUGGGGACCCUCCCUCAAUUCAUAGAUAGUUAUAAGGUCAAAACCUGAAUUUAGAGUUGAAUUGCACUGAUGUGACCUAGAAGUAAAGCAGCAAUCUGGAAAGGGGGUCAGAGAAAUGUUUGAGAGCAACAUUCAAUUUCUGUUGACUCCAAGGCUGUGUGGCUAUGGGGGAAGCAAGGCGCUUUGGUGGUGUUGAUGCUGUGAACCCCUCCAUCGUAGGCUCAGGUUGUAUAUAUGUGUAAGUAAACCGUUUUUCAUAAAGACACCACAGUCUCUGCUGUGCCUCAUUCCCAAAGGAGAAACAAACCCUGGGUAAGCAACUGGAACCCCUGAAAUCUCACACCGCUCGGAGAUUGGGAGUGGCGUGCAAUAAUAUUCAUCCUUCAUAUUGAAACACUUUUUCAAACAAAACAUCAGUUCACCACCAUAGUUAAUCUAUGGCUCUAUCAUGCUGAUGGAGAUGUAAGUGUAAGCUCUGUGGUAUAAAGCAGCCUCUUCAAUAAUUUAUGUGUUAGAGGAAAGAGCAUCUAAAAUAUUUUUAUUUGUUAGAGAUCAGCAGUAAUAAGGGGUUAAGGAAGAAGUAUGACAGAAAGCAUAGAUAGCAGAAAUAAGAUUUGAAUUUAUGAUCAAUCUCCUUCACACACACACACACACACACACACACACUUCAAACCUAAGGCAUGAGCUUCUGGUGUAUGUUUCAGAAUGCAUUCUUGAAAAAUCAUAAAAGCAUGAAUGAGAAAAGUCAAUUACAAGUCAACUAAUAGCUUUUACAUUUCCUUUCAAAAUAUGCUUUAAAAGAAGAGAAUUUCAGAAUGUCUCCUUUCCAAGGAAUUGUUGUAAAACAGAACUCUUGUUUCAUUUUGUCAGAAUACUGAGCAGUGUGUUUUGUUUUUCCAGGUUGCAUCUGGUCGCUUAGUAACUGUUGAAAGUACACCUGCUGAAUUGACUGGAGGGCCACUAGCUGAUACAGAUCUUGCAGUCAAAAAGCUCUCCAUUCGUGGUGGAGCCUUAAAGAGGAUCAAAACAGUUAAAGUUGUGGAUCCAUUCAAGAAAGAUUCAGUAUCUGUAAAAUAAACCUUGUCUAGAGCUGUUCUAGGCAGCUCCCUGUUUUUUGUUGUUGUUAAUUUAUAUACAAAUUUUAAUCACAUAUUUGUAUCACACUGGUUAAGUGCACAGUUAUUUUUAGAUAUAUAUUGCUUUAGAAAUAAUGUGGAGAUCAUGAUGCUAACAAAUAAAUUCAGUAUGUUACA